AUGAAGAAUUUUCCUUUCUUUUUUCUUUUGGCCAUUUUGGUCCAUCAAAAUUGUUGUUUCAAUAUCAAUGUAGAAGCUGGUGGUGGUGGUAAUGGUUUUGUCAGAACAAGAGGGAUCCACUUCAUGUUAAAUGGAAAUCCUUACUAUGCAAAUGGAUUCAAUGCUUACUGGUUAAUGUAUACUGCUGCUGAUCCAUCUCAGAGAUACAAGGUUUCAAAUGCUUUCAAUGAAGCAAAAACUCAUGGCCUUACUGUUGCUAGAACUUGGGCUUUCAGUGAUGGUGGUUAUAGUCCUUUGCAAUAUUCACCUGGUUUCUAUAAUGAACAAAUGUUUAAGGGGUUGGAUUUUGUUAUAUCUGAGGCUAGAAAGCAUGGGAUUAAGCUGAUACUGAGUUUGGUGAACAACUAUGAGAGUUUUGGAGGGAAGAAGCAGUAUGUGAACUGGGCUAGAAGUAAUAAUGGACAGUAUUUGACAUCUGAUGAUGAUUUCUUUAGGAACCCUGUUGUUAAAGGUUUCUACAUUAACCAUGUUAAGACUGUCCUUAACAGAUACAACAGUUUUACCGGAAUCCAUUACAAAGAUGACUCAACAAUCAUGGCAUGGGAGCUUAUGAAUGAACCUAGGUGUACAUCAGAUCCUUCUGGAAGAACUAUACAGGGUUGGAUCACUGAAAUGGCUUCUUUGGUGAAGUCCAUUGACAGGAAUCACUUAUUGGAAGCUGGGCUAGAAGGGUUUUAUGGACAAUCAACACCACAAAGAACCAAAUUGAAUCCUGCUAUUAACAUUGGAACAGACUUCAUUGCUAACAAUCGAAUCUCAAACAUCGAUUUUGCAACCGUUCACUGUUAUCCCGAUCAAUGGGUACAAAGUUCAAACGAGCAAGAUCAGCUAGCAUUUUUGAACAACUGGCUCAAUGCUCAUUUCCUAGAUGCACAAUAUGCUCUGAAGAAACCAAUUCUAGUAGCAGAAUUUGGAAAGUCAUUUAAGGAUUCAGGUUACAGCACAUACCAAAGGGACCAACUUUUCAAUACAGUGCUCUACAAGAUAUAUACGUCUGCGAAAAGAGGCGGUCCUGCGAGUGGAGCGUUAUUCUGGCAACUUCUUACAGGAGGAAUGGAAUCUUUCGAUGACGGUUAUGGAAUAAUGCUCGGUCAAAGUUCUUCUACUGCUAAUGUCAUUGCUCAACAAUCUCAUAAGCUUUACCUUAUUCGGAAGAUCUAUUCGAGGAUCGCUAAUGAAAGGCGAUGGAAAAGAGCUAGAGGAAAUAGAGGAGGACAAAUUGGGUUUUGA